AUGCCCAGUAGAGCAAACAGAAGAACUAGAGGUGCAUCACGGGGUGGCCGUGGUGGCCGUGGUGGCCGUGGUGGACGGGGAGGAAGCGCAAGAGGAGGAAGAAGCAGUUAUAACAAAGCUAGAGGUGGUAGAGGCAAAUCAUCGCAUUCUGGGUACAGUUCCUCAGCACAACACCAGUCUUUGUUUGAUCCUGACUCGCUAUGGAUGCCUAGUGGAGAAAUGACACAAUCUGCACAUACAUUUGGCAGACGUACCUACGGAAAAUUUGCCGAAGAAAUCGAGUAUACGGCGCAACACCAAAGUAGGAUAAUGUCAGGUAAAUUCAGAGACAGGCCCAUCGAGUUUGUAAAAGCAAAAGCAACAUAUGAUCCAAAUGCCCUCCUAUAUAAGCUAACCCAGAAAAAGCAGGAGGAUCCUUUUGGCACUAUAAUUGACCAAGAUUUCAAGAGUAUAUCGUUGGAUUCUGAAGACGAAGAGGGAGAGUCAGUAACAAAGCCGAGAUACAAUCAGCAGGAUUUUGAAGCGGAGAAUGCUACUGGAUUAGACGAGCAUCAGGUAUUGAAGGCACUCGAGGUAGAUGAGGUUAAUGAAGCAGAUGCAUCGACGAACGGAAUUAAUUCUAACAUCGAAGUUGAAGAACAGAGCUUCGAGGAAGAAGAGGAGGAGGAAGAAGAGGAGGAGGAAGAAGAGGAGGAGGAAGAAGAGGAGGAGGAAGAGGAAAAGGAGGAGGAAGAGGAGGAGGAAGAGGAGGAGGAAGAGGAGGAGGAGGAAGAGGAGGAGGAAGAGGAGGAGGAGGAAGGGGACACAGUGAACAAAGAUUGGGAUGAUGUCGAACGAGUUGGUAUUGGUCUGAGCAUCCACGUAUUGCAAAAGGUUCCAGAUCCUUACAUUGACGAUGAUGAACUAUAUCAUGGCAACAUUAGGAAGAAAAGCAACAACGAACCUUUCCAUGGCUUCCACCAAGAUGGUGUUUCUUUACACAUACAAUCUAGUGAAAAAGUAAGCACCAGAGAAGCUUCAAUACCCGCUACUUCAGCAGAUGAAGAUGAACUGCUUCGUAAGCAGAAUGAUUUCACUUAUCCAUGUAAUAAAGAAGCAAGGGGUACUGAGUUUGAUUUGAAUUCUAGUUCACUGACACAAUCUAUUGAAGAGCAACCAGAGGAUACGGGCGCUGAAGAGUUGGAAGUUUUCAUAGAUGAUCCUAGAUAUAAAGAUACACAACAGACAAUUGUGCAAAAUAGUGCUUCCGAUAAUGAAAUCUCACAAUCCGAUCCCGAUACAGAAGCAGAUUAUGGAUUCUUGGCUGAGGAUUUCGAAUUCGAUGUGUCUAAGAUAUCAGUUACUAAUGUUCGCUUUGGGAUCCAUAAUCAGUAUUAUUUAAAGUGUCACGAGCUCACUGGGUUUGACAAUGAGUUUGUUUGGAUAGAUGAGGAUGAGGUUAUUGAUUAUGCGCUAUCGAAUGGGGUGAAGGAACAUCGAUUAUCUAAAUUUCUAUCUCACAUCACAUCAGGAAUGAUUGAUCAAAAUAAAGAUGAACUUGGAGCGGAAGAGGAUCAGGUUUAUAUUAGUAGUGACAGCGAAGAAGAAGGGGACGAUGAUGACGACUCAGAUGAGUUUGACAAAGAUCAGGACGAUUAUCCCUAUGACUCAGAUGACAAUCUAGAUGAUCUAAUACAGUACUCGAAAACAAGCACACAGGGACUAAUACCUAUGCAAGACCGAGAUUUUUCCAAUAACACACCGGCAAAAAACAGACGUGAUUUCAAAAAUCUUGGCAUAGAUGAAGAAUUGCAAGAUGUAUUAACGGAACAAAUUCUAAAUUUCCGUAAAAACAAAAAACUGCAAAAACAGCGUCGUCAAGCUCAACAAACUGAAGAUGCAAUCCUAAGUCAUGAUUUAUUAAUCAAGUACCCGGAUUCAUUAACAAUUGCUCAAAUAGGCCAUGAAUUCACCUCGUUUUUUCAAGAUGAAUCACGAACUACAUUAAGUUUCCCAACUUUAGAUUCUCAUGGAAAUAAAACGUUGCAAAGUAUAGCGGCGGCAUAUAAUAUGCAAACUGACAAAUGUGGUCGUCAUAAUGUACGCCAUUACAUUAAGGUGACCAAAACAAGGAAAACGUACAAGAAUUUACCCAAUUUCAACAGGAUCAAUGCUAUCAUGAGAGGACGACCAAUCUUUCAUCGUAUGGAUGUUAAACGGGAAAAGAAGGACAAAGAUGCCAACUCGAAACGUAAUGGUGGUGGUAAUGAACCAAGGGCUAAAUUCAAAGAAGGUGAUGUCGUUGGAGCUGAAGCACCAGCUCUUGGAGAACUGAACUUAGGUAGAAUAAUGUUGGAGAAAUUAGGAUGGAGUCAUGGCCAGGGAUUAGGUAAAGGCAAUAGUGGUAUUAAUGAACCUAUUGUUGCUAAGGUGAAGAUGUCCAAAACUGGUAUUAGAUAG